AACACGGAAGUACAUUCUAUCUAAGCUCAUUACAAAACUUUUGAGUGGGGGAUAACAGGAAUUUAACUGCAUGCGAAGCUUUAAAUUCCCUUUAAUCCCAUAAAGGUGAUCACGGUAGAACAGACAAAUUUCUAUGAUAAAUCGAACGUGUAAAUUAAAGCAUGGUGGACAUAACAUCACUAUCGUGGACAUGUAAGGUGGAAGGCGACCUAUCGCCGGUGUUUGACGACUAUUUCUCGUAUAUGACCACCCCUUCACCAGAUGAGGUGCUGACUACAGGGGAAAGAUCAUUCAGUAUCCCAAACGAGGAGAGCAAAGACGAUGCGACAGACGAAGUGGAUGGUGGUCUCUUCAGCUGUUUCCCUUCAUUCACAAGGGGAGAUUCGAGCUCCAGUAGCUCGAGCAGCAGUGACGCAGAAGAGGCAGAGGCGGAGACAUUACGUGUAAAGAGGUCCCACUCCGGUCGGCUCCGGAGUUUCUGGAGCAGGAACUAUUUGUUCCGUUUGGAAUCCGCCUGUAAUCCGAUGGACCGGAAGGAUGUGUAUCACGUGGUGAAAGAGGUGAAGGACGUCGCCGAAAAAGAAUUAAGAAUCAAUGACAGAUUGGUAGCAAUUAACAACGAAAACACAAAAAACAAAUCAUUGACAGACGUUGAAAACAUGUGGGAACAGCUCCAAAGAUGUCCAAAAAUUCAACUGAAAGUUUGGAGAUGGUUAUUCAGUGAACAUGGUCUACAGAUAUGUGAGGUUAUCAUAGUAUUUUAUUCCAUUCAUCCUGAGGGACGGUACAAAGAGCUAUCUGCUAAAUCACUUGAUGGUAAAGUUCCACGAAGGGUCACAAGUCUUCGCUGGACAGCCUCCAAAUUCCGACCUUUUCACUUACGGAUCGCUUGUAAAACUGGGAUAUACGUGUCAGCCCAUGUGGAAGAUCUGGCGCUGUAUGGCGAAUCCAUCCACAAGCCACAACAAAGCAGAUUUCGCUUCAUGAUCAGGUUCUUUGAGUGUGUGGUAACAAACAAAGAUGGGACGUCCGACCAGAGAUAUGGAUAUGUAGCAAAAUACAAGGAGAAUGGAAAAUACUUUGACAUUUCGUCAAUUAUCACAGAAUCUGCGUCCACAGUUGUUCUUAGGCCACACGUUUCCUUCAGUUCUCUGACACCAGACGAGCGGUUCUUUAUAAUGUACGAAGUAGAGGACGAUGAUGACGUAUUUGAAUCACUUCUUUACGAAAAUAUGUUUAUGAAGUUUAACAACGAGACGAAGAAAAUAACAAUGCAGGAACGACAAGCACCGGGACCAUUCUUCCUGUUUCAAACCUUUGUGGCACGUGGAAAUAAACAACCACAAGUUGACAUAAAUUGUUUUUCAGACGGAGGGCGUUUAUUUUCAUUUGAACCAUUAACUGAACCAAUCGUUGAGGAGAAGAGUGAUCCUUGAAGUGUAAAAGUACAAUGUGUCUAUAAAACUAUUUCAUAUAUGUUAAAAUAACUUAUAAUUAUGACGUUGUUUAUAUAGAUUUACAAUCAAGAUUUUUAUCGAUUUAAUAAUGUCAAUUAAGUGAGAUAGUUAAAACAAAUGUUAACGAACAAAUUUUACCGAUAUUCAUAAUUAGCGAACUUGUUAUCCUCAAUAACAAUGCCAAUUAAAAUUUAAUCCUCGCUAAAAUUUCUGCUUAUACGAGGGUAUAUUUAUGUUAACAAUCGGAAUCUUUAUUGCAUGAUACAUUGUGCCUUCUAACACAGGAUUUCAAAUACAUUGUAAAUAAAACAUUAAAUUGUAUUGAGGUGAAGGUUUAAACAACAAUUAAAAGGUUAAAAAUGGUUAAAUCAUGAAAAGAAAAGAUGCACUCUUUCGUUUAUCUGGUGACUUCUAGCUGUAAAAUCAAUCAUUCGUUUUGAAUCCGUCCUCUAUCAUUAUUUUAUAUUCGUUACUUUUAACCAUUUGAAAUACCUAAACCCAGAACGUUCAAAGCAAUUUGAAAU